AUGCGGAGGAUGUGGCCCGCUUCCAAGUGCGUCUGCGCGCCGGCCACCCACGUCGGGUCCUUCAAGUGUCGCUUCCACCGCACCAACUCCCAGGGCCAGGGAAGCCGCCCUUCUUCGCCCCCUUCACCGGCCGCGGCCAACGCGGUGCCGUGGCACCCGGCCUCACCGUUCUCGUCCUCCGGCACCGUCACGACCCAGUGA